GAAGGGCGAAGAGUUUCGUGUAGGUAUACGGCACCGUGUGGGACUAAAAUACGAAGCUAUGAAAUCUCCGCAAGAUCGUUGGUGAAUUCUUCGGUCGGCUACUACUCCGAAAUUCGGCACCUCGGUUAAGCUACCUACUCACCUCCCAAAUAUCUGCCCGAAACAGUCAUAUUUCGAGAUGAAUAAAAGCAUUUAAUAUUCCGUAAAUGCACCACAAGACUAAGUCACCAUGUCAACACCUCCAACGGUCCUCCUUAUCGGGAACCUAGCUCACACCAACGCAGAAUGGACAUCUCUUAGCAAAAAGUACUCACUCCUCGAGUUCCGCAAAGGAACGCGAGAGCAGUUCUUCGAAAACUGCCGGAACGGAACCUACGCCAAAGUGCAAGGAUGCUACCGAUCCAAUAUGUCGACGCUACUCACCGGUCCCUUCAACAAGGAACUCGUAGACGCACUCCCGGAGUCGUGGAAAUACAUCGCGCAUAACGGCGCCGGGUACGAUAACAUCGAUGUGAGCGCGUGCAGUGCACGUCACAUUGCGGUCUCGUCUACGCCUGGCAUCGUCAACGAUUCCACCGCCGACACUGGUAUCUUCCUCAUGCUCGGCGCUUUACGUCAGGCCCACGAACCGCUUGUCGCGCUACGCGAGGGGAGGUGGAAGGGGAAUAUGCGGCUCGGACAUGAUCCCCGCAAUAAGGUACUCGGGAUCCUGGGUAUGGGUGGCAUAGGUUCCGCGAUGGCGCACCGUGCGCGGAGUCUGGGGAUGGAGAUUAUUUACCACAAUCGUAAACGAUUAGACCCAUCGUUGGAGAACGGCGCGAAGUACGUCUCAUUCGAUGAGCUGCUUGCUCAGGCGGAUGUUCUGUCGCUUAAUCUAGCAUUGAAUGCGAGUACACGGCAUAUCAUCGCGGCGCCGGAGUUGGCGAAGAUGAAGAGGGGUGUGGUGGUUGUUAACACGGCAAGGGGCGCUCUUAUCAAUGAGGCGCAUCUCGUGGAUGCGCUUGAGUCCGGCCAGGUUUCAGCGGUGGGAUUGGAUGUUUUUGAAAAUGAGCCGGAGGUGCAUCCGGGGCUUGUGAAGAGUAAUCGCGCGUUCUUGCUUCCUCAUCUUGGGACGAGCACGGUUGAGACGCAGCGGGAUAUGGAGUUGCUCGUGUUGAAGAACUUGCAGGCCGCUGUUGAUCAGGGGAAGAUGUUGACUUUGGUGAGUGAGCAGAGAGGGUUGGAUUGGGUGCCUGGGCAUGCGGAUUAAUAUUAGAUACCUCCCUAUCUACUACCUAGGUAGGUACUAGGUCUCGAUUCAUGCGAGGUAGUCUAGGUACGGUAACAUAACCCACGACACAGGCCUUCACUCACAGCAUUAGGAAAGUCAGAGAUUCAUAUUGAUAGAAAUCAUAGAAUACAGCCGUCAUAUCCUACUAUCGCUUGUACAUGCCGAAAAUAGAACGAUCUUCCUUUCCC